AUGGACUCUCUCGUGCCCUGGCUCGGGCAGACAAUUGAAAGAGGACUUGCGCAGAGUGCUAUUUGGCUAGAACAUAAAUACGAUAAUCGCCGCGGACAAGUAGCUGGCUGGGCAGGCGUGUGUCACGAGGACGAAAGUAACUUCGACAUAAUCUUUCAGGAGGAAACAGCCGACGCUCGCAACGUGCAGGUCCUCCAGACCGCUCCAUUGAUCAUCUCAGACGGCAUCUCUUCAGUCGAAGCUCGAGUCUCUCCUGAGUGCAAGCAGACUCUCCGCACGCGGUACGGCGGCAAAAGAUGUGUCGAAAACCAUCUUACGGCUAUAAUAUCGAUUCACGAUUUUGCGCUCAGGAUUGCCACAUUCGGACCUCCCAGUCGCAAACUCACGCUACUUCUCAAAGGCGUUGACUGGCGAGACGGCCAAAAAGUGCCGUCUAUAGGCCGCCCGGUGCCUGUAAAUUCGUCGCCAUCCGCUAAGAAGUGGAUGGAGAAGAUCCAAGAUAUUCGAAUGAAACAAAAGGAGGAGAAGCUGCCGGUGCUCUAUCGGCCACUGCCACUGGCUAGCGUCGGUGACAAUAUGGGUGACGCUACACAGGAUUCGCAGCUGCCGUUCGGGACGCAGGCGGUCCCACCUAUACCACCGCCGAAUACUAGAAAGGAAGGCUCGCAACCGGCCAAGCAUACCUCGGCUACAACCCACCAGGAUCUUCUCAACCUCAUCCAUCGACGUCCAGUUGCUUUCCGCGCAACAAGUGAUGUCGAUCCUUCACGAAAUGGAGUAUUCGAGGAGCGGCCGCUGCAGAGUAAAGAUAAAAUCCCUAGAGAUGACAUUGAUUUGAAGGAAAUAUUUAGCCAGGCUACCACAGUUCAGCACAACUCCAAACUCCCUGACGGUUGUAGCAUAGACACGGUCGUGCGCCUUAAUGAAGAGACCGUGAUCAUCCAUGAUGGAGACGAAGAAGAGCAAGCAGACCCACCUUGUAAUCCGUCAAUUAAGCAUGACUUGCACGUUGGUCACGAACUUGGCCUCUCGGAGGCUGUAUGGAUGGCGGGAUGGACUUUUGAGCAUGACUCUCCGCAAGGCAUAUACGAUUCCGAAUGUGAUUGGAUGCGGGAUUUAGAAUUUAUUCAUGAUGCUGUGAUUGUGGCCAAAGACCAGCGAAAACUGUUGUCCAAGCCAGAAUCGUGGCAAAAGCCAGCACCCCCACACCGGUUCCCCGACGCUAACAUUCCGAUUGGGAUUCUGAUCGAGCUUGAUGAACGGGCUGGGCAGGACCUCAAGAUCCAGAAAGAGGAGCUUACUACCUCUGUCGAUGUGGAGACCUCCGAGUCGGAGAUGGACACGGAGGAAGAGUCAGGUUCAGACGCUGAGAAGCCUUCAAUAGUCCUUGACGCUGAAUUCCCUUUCCAACAGGAGCCAUCCUCUGACGUGAUAUCAUGGCCUUCAAGUCCCGAGCCGCCCCAACUCCGAUCUCGGAUACAUCAUGGACUCCCUUCAGACAGUAGUUUCGGAAGUCCUCAAAAGACAUUAGAUCAAAAUGACACGAAUGGGGACGCUAUACUCCAUCCAUCUCGGCACAGUACAUCCGUACUUUCAUCGAACGAUGAGCACAUGGAACAACCGGCAUCAUCGCCACCUGUCGCUGAAGAGCAAGACAUUCCCAUGGCUUCACAUGAUUCGGAUGACGAUAUGGAAGUUUCUGUCCCACAAGGGCUUGGCCAAGACCAGGGUUUGGCAAAGGGAGAGCCUGUUAUCCGGACGGCUGACGAUCCUGUAAUGCGUUCGGAGGGUGCCCCUGUGCGGCCUAUAUUACAUGUUAAUGAGACUCCAUGCUUGAAGGACAAGAACGGACAAUCUACUCCCCUAGUCUCAACUGAAAAUCAAACAUCGAGUAGCACAUCCAAGGAAACAACACCGACUUCCAUAGUAUACAGCACUUAUGAACAACCUCGGUCCUCAGCAUCUAAUACUGGCCUCGGUCUCGCUAAUACAGGAGAUACACGUCGUCCUUCGUCCUCUAUUUCCGAACCCUGGGUACAUGGGAUGAAACAUGUUCACUUCCAAUCGACUAACGACAGCGACGUUUUGAUGAGAGAUGCAUCGCCGGAACUAGAGCAUAUCCGGCCUUCCGCCCUCUCCUCGCAACUGGACACGAAGCAGCAAGUAUCCCCAGGGCUUGAAACAGCUUUAAACUUGCAAACUGCCCAAGAAGAACCGAGCCCAGCAUCAGCACAGAUGCCACCGCUGGAUCUAUCUUCUCAACCUGGGCACAUGGCAUCCCAUCUUCCACGGACGGCUGGCACAUCCGCUCCGUCUCCACACCCGGAAGCGGUGGAGGUAUUUGGUUCGGAUUCUAUCCCCAGCAAGCGAAAGUUAAACGAUUCCCCGUCAAAGGCUACUUUGCCUCGCACAAAGAGAAGAGAGAUCAAGAUUGUUGAUUUUGGAGGGGCGGAGCCACUGACGCAAGAUCCAAUCGCAUCUUUCCAACGGCAGAAAAAGGAAGCGGUACAACGUAUCCGAGUAGAGCUCGGAACUGAUCCUACUAGCGGUCAUAGGCGUAGGAUUCCUUGUCCCCACCCCCCUCCUUCUGAUUCCUCCCAAAGUUUUGCGAAAGAAGAUGAGAACUUGCAGAACCCCGAAAAGCAGUUUCCCAAGACGCAACGAACAUUUACAGAUGCAAGACGGGAGUGUUCCCUGGUCCAGUCGAUAGCAGCACACGGAAUGGAGCCGUUGAAGCUACAAGCCCUCAAAAUUGAAACCGACACGGAAUCUUCUACAGUUUUCGAAAUGUUCAGGAGCGCCUACCCAGACUACACUGGAAGUUGGGAUCACUUUAUCAACCAAUGCAAGACAUUACUCAAUCUCGCAUCUCUGGGUACAGUGGUUCCAAGGCACCAAUGGGAUGACUACAUCAUUCGGGACCGCAUAGAGUUCAAAGAUUACGUGGCGAAAUGUAUGGGUGCGGGGAAGACGUGGGUCUCAUAUGACCGCUUCUACAAGGAUCACGUCCAGAAUUUAGUCUACAGGAAAGGCAUUAUUAAAGGUCUCGAUUCACUUUUACAGGCCAUAGGAGAGUAUGAAGAUCGACCACAAGCACCGAAUCCGCCCUCCACUUUGGACCAAGGCUGCAAGCCGACCAGACGGUCUCUUCCCUGGACUUCGGGCAGCCAAAAUCACAGUACUAGCUCUCCAGCUUCACGCCAAGAGCGAGACCGUCCGCGGGAUUCGCUCCCCAAAAAGCCCAUUGAAGAUAUGGACACCUUCUCCCGAGCCUACACUCAUUCUAAUCAGAGUGACGUGCGAGUAGCGAAAGCCACCAGCACAUGUCACUCCACGUAUGGCGCUUCAACAGCCAAUAUCAGUAGCAGCCAUGAUCGUGUAUAUCUGACCGAAACGACGGAUAUUGGUGAGCCGGGACAACGGUUUCGUGAGUUUGUCAAAGCACAUCAGAGUCUCGCGUCUUUGCGCGGUGGCAAUUCAAACAAUACUUCAAUGACCCGUAAACCUCCGGUAAACGUACUUUCGUGGACGGAUGACAUAUAAUUCGAGUGUAUAGUUAGCCUGCUUGUCUAUGCAGUACCAUGUAGCGUAGACCUUAGUCGGCGCUUCUCCGGUAGUUCGAGUUUUGGGGAUCUGGUUUAGUUAAAGCUCAUUCGCGAUUCUCU